GGCCAAGUUUCCAACUCAAGAUUGCAGCACCGCCACUCACUGCUGUUCGCUUAUUUCGCCUUCCUCUCCAUCACACGCACCAGCACCGGAUAUGAACGCAACAGCGUCUCGUGCCCGCUCCUGCCUCACGGCCGUGCGCCGCCUUCACGCGGGCCGCACAGCCAAGGCCGCCGAGCAGGUGUCGUCUGCUUACCCCAUCAUCGACCACGAGUUUGAUGCCGUCGUCGUUGGUGCCGGUGGUGCCGGCCUUCGCGCCGCCUUCGGCCUCACCCAGCACGGCUUCAAGACUGCUUGCAUCACCAAGCUCUUCCCCACCCGCUCCCACACCGUCGCUGCUCAGGGUGGUAUCAACGCCGCCCUCGGCAACAUGGAGGAGGACGACUGGCGCUUCCACUUUUACGACACCGUCAAGGGUUCGGAUUGGCUUGGCGACCAGGACGCCAUCCACUACAUGACCCGCGAAGCCCCCAAGACCGUCAUCGAGCUUGAGAACUACGGCAUGCCCUUCUCCCGAACGGAGGAAGGCCGCAUCUACCAGCGCGCCUUUGGUGGCCAAAGCCUCAAGUUUGGCAAGGGCGGCCAGGCCCACCGCUGCUGCGCCGUCGCUGACCGCACGGGCCACUCCCUCCUCCACACCCUCUACGGCCAGUCCCUCCGCUACGACACGGCCUACUUCAUUGAGUACUUUGCGCUUGACCUGAUCAUGAACGACGAGGGCGCCUGCGUCGGUGUCCUGGCCAUGUGCCAGGAGGACGGUACCCUGCACCGCUUCCACUGCAAGAACACCGUGCUUGCCACUGGUGGUUACGGCCGCGCCUACUUCUCCGCCACCUCUGCCCACGCCUGCACUGGUGACGGCAACGCCAUGGUUGCCCGCGCCGGCCUCCAGAACGAGGACCUCGAGUUUGUUCAGUUCCACCCAACGGGCAUCUACGGUGCCGGCUGCCUGAUCACGGAGGGUUGCCGUGGUGAGGGCGGUAUUCUGCUCAACAGCGAGGGCGAGCGCUUCAUGGAGCGCUAUGCCCCGACGGCCAAGGACCUUGCCUCCCGCGACGUCGUCUCCCGCUCCUCCACCAUUGAGAUUCGCGAGGGCCGCGGCUGCGGACCCAACAAGGACCACGUGUACCUGCAGCUGUCGCACCUGCCAACGGAGGUGCUGCAGGAGCGCCUGCCCGGUAUUGUUGAGACGGCCGCCAUCUUCGCCGGUGUUGACGCCACCAAGGAGCCCAUCCCCGUGCUGCCCACCGUCCACUACAACAUGGGCGGCGUGCCCACCAACUACCGCGGUCAGGUCAUCAAGAACGUCAACGGCCAGGACGAGGUCGUGCCCGGCCUGUACGCUGCUGGCGAGGUUGCCUGCGCCUCUGUCCACGGUGCCAACCGCCUCGGCGCCAACUCCCUCCUCGACAUUGUUGUCUUCGGCCGCGCGUGCGCCAACACGAUUGCGGAGGAGGACAAGCCCGGCGCCAAGAUCCCCGACAUGCCCGCCAACGCCGGCGAGGCCUCGAUUGCCAACCUGGACCAGGUGCGCCACGCCAACGGCAGCGCCACCACCGCCGAGCUGCGUCUGGAGAUGCAGAAGACCAUGCAGAGCCACGCCGCCGUCUUCCGCACGGGCGAGGUCCUGCAGGAGGGCUGCGACCUCCUUGCAAAGACCUACGACACCAUGGUGUCUGACCUGAAGACGUUUGACCGCGGUAUGGUGUUCAACACGGAUCUGAUUGAGGCCCUUGAGCUGCAGAACCUGAUGACGUGCGCCCUGCAGACGAUUGUCUCUGCCGAGGCCCGCAAGGAGUCUCGCGGCGCCCACUCGCGCGAGGACUACAAGGACCGCGUGGAUGAGUAUGACUACACCAAGCCCAUCGAGGGCCAGACCAAGCUCUCCUUUGACGAGCACUGGAGGAAGCACACCCUCUCCACUUUUGACACGGCGAAGGGCUCUGUUGACCUGAAGUACCGCCCUGUCAUCGAUGACACCCUUGACAAGCAGGAGUGCGAGACCGUGCCCCCUGUCAUUCGCGUCUACUAAAGUGCUUGGCUUCUCACUCGUGCAUCCCCAUGAUCCCUGUCUUGUUUGAGGAUGUGAGCUGAUCACCAACCCUCCCACCUCCCCCCCCCCUUCUUCCACGCUUACUACGCCCUUUCCCUGUGCUCUUUCCAUGCUUGAUUUCUUGUGUUCUUUCAUACACUUUUGUCCGUGGCAUCCUUUUGCAGCAACAGGGCUUCCUUCACGCGCGCUCGCUUGUCGUGUGUCGGUUGCUUUGUUGUCGUACCUUCCGUGUGUUUUGUUUCACUCCUGAUGGUUGCUGUUUUGUUGGCGUCUGUCGGUGUUGCCCCGUGUGGCAUGCGCUCUGAAACGGGCCGCGUGUCGCGCCAUUCCAACCAACGCUUUCCACCCAACAGCAACAACACCCAAAUACACAAGGGCAACCAAACGAACA